AUGACUACUGCGAUGGAGGUUCCAGAGGCACCGCUCACUUCUGAGCAACAAAUGAACGUUUUCCGUCUUCGUGAUAAAAUGACGCUUCUGAAUGCAGAGUUUCUCAAAGUUCUCAAUGGAUUCUUCACAGAGAAAAGCCAUUAUGAUUUUGUAAGCGUUACUACAUUUUUGACUCCUUCUGAAGUUCGUUUUCAGAGCGUAACGAUGGAGUCAUACAUGAAACAUGUGAAAGAAUUGAAAACAAUGUACAAGGUUGACGAUGAUGCAGUCGCUGCUGUUAAUUCAGGAAGAACAGAUGUGCGAAAAACUGAAGUGAAACGGGACGAUGCUGGAGAAAAACCUCACCAGCGCAAAAUAGCUAAAGCUGUGCGUCGUAAUGGAAACGCGGGAAGUGCUGUUCGUUCUACUGAUUCGCCAAAAAUUUCAAACACCACGGUUUUCGCGGCUUCAAGCCCGGCAGCUGCACUGUCCGCACCAAAAUUUGGCGAUAUUUCCGUCAUCGCCAAGGAUACACCAGCGCCUCUUUCAAAAUCCAGUGAGCCACCUGCACCUGCUGCUGGAACCGCUCGCAAACGUGCAAUUCGUGGUGGAGGACCGCUCGGUGGAUCUGAAUCCAUUAUUUUCAAGUCAGGCAAUGAGUCUCAGGCUUCAACUUCCACUGUUACAAUCCCAACAACUAACAUCAAGUUCCCAGAACCCAGUAAAGAUUUCUGGACAAAAAAAGAUUCGAGCAACACCGAUGGAGCAGCUUUAGGAAAUAAUGAUGGAUCUCUUUUUGCUUUCCUGGGCAAAGACGGUGAUAAGUCUAAAGAGCCUUCGAAGUUCACUGGAUUCUCAUUUGGCAAAAAGCCAGAAUCCGACACUGCAAAGCCUGAUGAGCCAAAAACCACUGUCCCACUGUUUGGAUCUACAACAUCCGCUGAAACUACUGUCCCACUAUUUGGAUCUACAACAUCCAAGAAUGAGAACGUUAAGACAACUGGUUCACUUUUUGGAGCUAUUUCCAAGUCACCAGAAACCACAUCUGCGGGAUUGAAGUCCUCAGAUACGCCAGCUACUACUUCUAAGCCAUUGGUUUUCGGAGAGCAAAAAGACGGGGACAAUGCCGCAGCGAAACCAUUCUCUGGACUUGCUUUCGGUGCUUCUCUUUUCGGAUCCGGCGCUAAACAAACCACGCCAUCUUUAAGCUUCGGUUCUGGAGGUACUAAUACUGGAUCUGGAGGUACCACGACUACUGGAUCACUGUUUGGAGGUGCUACCACUACUGGAUCGUUGUUUGGAGGCUUCGCUGGUUUAGCACAGAAAGCCCAGGAGAAUCAGGCGAAAGGCGAGGGCGGUGAUGAUGACGAAGAGUAUGUGCCGCCGAAAGUAGAAACAGUCGAAGUUGAAGAGCCUGAUGCGGUAAUCAGCAGCAAAGUCGCUGUCUUCAAAUUUGCUGACAAGGAAUACACUAAGCUUGGCGUUGGAAUGCUUCAUGUCAAAGACACUGAUGGGAAGUUUAGUGUACUCAUCAGAGCUGCGACGGCGAUCGGCACCGUUUGGCUGAACGCUCUUUGUAACAAGGCAAUGAAAGCAACGAAGGUCGAUGAUAAAGGAGAACGAAUUCGUCUCACUUGUCCGGUUUCGGCAUCUGAAAUGACCACACUGAUGAUUCGAUUCGGCUCUGCAGAUGUCGCUAAGAAGUUCGUGGAGAAGGUUGAAGAAGUCUCUAAGUAG